CUUCCCGCUCGGCAGGUCCCGGCAGAGACAACAUGGUUACCCAGCACCUUUGUCUCCUGCUUUUCACCUGCCUGCUGGCCCUGGCAGCAUCUCUUCCUGCCUUUGACAUAAAAAACUUGCAUCUCCUCAAUGGCACGCUGGAUGAAAUUAUGAAUGUUCCCCCAGAGUCCUCCCAGCUCGAUAAUGGUGGUGAACAUGUUCGACAGGUCAGAGAUAUCGCCCCCCGCCCACCGGCAGGCCACGGCUGGCCCAAGGACUGCAGUGAGAUCCCUGCUAGCAGCCGCAGCGGUGUCUACAUUAUUCAGCCAAAAGGGCUCCACCACCUUGUGGUGUACUGUGAAAUGAAUGUGACAGGCGGGGGCUGGACAGUCAUCCAGAGGAACCAGAAAGACACACCAGUCACCUGGGCUGAAUCCUGGAGCACCUAUAAGUACGGCUUUGGGAAUGUGCGUAGCGAGUACUGGCUGGGCACCGAGUACAUCCAUCAGAUUGCCAAGCAGAAGGUCUACAAAGUCAGGUUUGUCAUCCAGGACUCCACAGACAACACCAAUUUCGCAGACUACAACCUUUUCAGCGUGGAAGAUGAGUCCCACGGCUACCGGCUGAGGCUGGGCUCUUACACAGGGACAGCAGGGGAUGCCAUGACCUCAGACAAUCCCAAGACCAUGCAUGACAACAUGAAGUUCUCCACAAAGGAUCACGAUCAGGACACUUACAGUAAGAACUGUGCCUACAGCUAUGAGGGUGGGUGGUGGUACUCAGCAUGUUAUUCUGUACGGCUGAAUUUCAAGGGUGGCAUGACAUGGGGCAGCCUGUGCAAAGGGAACUGCAAAUCCUCCCUUAUCCUCAUCAAACCAGCUCCAUAUUGUUAGUGCUUCUUCCCCCUCCUGUCCACACUGGACGCUCUGCAAUGGCUCUGCAUGACCUUGAGCCUUUCUGGAGCAGAGAGGGGAGCCCAAGGGUAGUAGGGUUUUAGUCAUAUGUCACUUUCCCUUUCCCCUCUCUGACUGCAGCUCCCU